UUCAAGAGCAAGAUGGCAGCUGAGGAGAAACCUUGGUUCAUAAAUUACGAAAUUGAUUGAUAAAUUAUCUGUCGAGCUGUACUUUAAUUAAAAUAGUCAUGGCGCUGUGCAAGCAAACAGCCCACGAGUUUAUCCAGAACACGUUCAGCCCAGCAGUGGCUGUGCUGUGUAGCCCGGAUGCCGAGGUGUUGUGUCAAAAGAACAACUUGACUUUCGUUGAGUUGGUGCAACCGUUUUGUCGCCUCACAACAGAGGUUCACAUCAGAGAUCCAAAUAACAUUCCUCACACUAUCAAGAACCUGAAGAUUACAAUGCGGGACAUGAACAUGCAACUUCCCCAGGCAGUGACAGCCAGGAAGAUGAUGAAUGAUGUGGUGGCCAGUACUCAACCCCAGUUGGCUGAAGGGGGCAGGGGAAAUGUGGUCACUUUUGGGAGUUACGACUUACAGUUAUCAGCAUCAACACCAUGGUAUGAAGCCUACAGAGACACUUUCCUGAAAGUUCUACCACCAAGUGACCAUGAAUUUCUGAGCCAUUGUUUAAGUUGUAUAUUUGUGGUGUCCUCUGGCCACUCGGACCCAAUCACUGCCUUCAACUCCCUCUCCUCCAAUCAGCAUCAGCAGCAGACUCAGUUCCCGACCAAGAUGCCCCGCUGGUUCUGUCCCGGGAUCCUCAAGUAUUACGUGCUGCUCCAUGACGUAGUAGAGGGGGAAGAUGCUAAGGCAGAAGCUGUGUAUCAGAGUAUGAAGUCAACUUUCGGUGGCCAGAACUGCCAUCUCCUGCACAUAAACUCGCGGAGUCUACACACGGCAGAAAGCAUGCAUACAGACCUCCCUGAUCCAUGGAGCCAGUUCCUCAACAAGAAUAAUUCAGAAUCAAACAGCAGAAAGCGAAACAAAGCUAGGUAUUACAUAGCCUGGGAGGGAGCAGAAUAUGACACGGGGAGCAGCAGUGUAGUUGAUGAUGCCUUUCCCUCCAAGGUGUCUGAGGGGGCAAUAGAGAACUCCACCCUGACAGGACCCAUCCUGUCCAACAGUAGCCUGGUUGACAUGUCCCCAGACUCGGGGGAGGGCACAGCAUCCUCAGGGUCUCUGGCCAGUGAGACGUUUGACCACCCCCUGUCUGAACCUUCCCUGGACAGCAUGAACCACAUAGAGAGCCCCCUCUCCCAGGACAGGAGCUACGACCCAGAAUUGAACCACUCAUCUUCCAAGGCUAAACUGACUGACCGGAGACAAGGGGGCCACGGGAUAUGUCUGACCACCAGUGACCAAGACAGAAUCAAGAUCUUCAUGCAUGAGCUGUGUGUGCGGGCUCUCAUUCCGUGGACCGAGAGACAAAUGAAGAUACUUAAUGAACAGCAUGCUUCAAGGAAAGGUAUUAGCAAAUCUUUAUUCAGUGCCACUAAACGAUGGUUUGGUGGAAAUAAACCUACAGGGCAGGUUGCAGCAAAUCAGAAUACUACUGUUGUGUACACCAGUGAUGCUCCAGAGUUACAGAUGAGGAGACUAGGGGAUCUUGCUUUCCUGUUCCAGAUGUAUGAUUUUGCUUACAACACUUAUCAUGCAGCCAAGCGUGACUUCAAUAAUGACCAUGCAUGGUUGCAUUAUGCAGGGGCAUUGGAAAUGGCCUGUAUAUCAAUGUUUAUGAGUGGAAAUCCUAGAGAACAGAAAUACCCUUUCCAUUAUAUGGAGUCUGCCAUAACAACGUAUCUCCAGUCUUGCAAAAAUCCAUUAUAUGCAACAAGGGCAACACUUGUGAGUACUGAAGCUCUCAAAGGUAGAAAAAUGUACAAUGAAGCAGCUCUGCAGUUCAUCAAGCUGACUAGUGAGGAUUCAGAUUUACGGAGUGCUCUUCUCUUGGAACAAGCUGCUCAUUGCUACAUUAAUAUGGAGGUUCCAAAGGUCAGAAAGUACGCCUUCCACAUGAUAUUGGCGGGCCAUCGGUACAGCAAGUCUGGACAGAGGAAGCACGCCCUCAGGUCGUACUCCCAGGCCCUGCAGGUGUAUAAAGGCAAAAACUGGGCGCUGGCGGAGGAUCAUAUAAACUUCACUCUGGGAAGACAGUCCCUUAAUUUGAAACAGUUAGAUAAUGCUACUGCAGCUUUCAAGCACCUACUAACAGAGAAUAGUAAACAGAUUCCUAGUCAACAAAAUGCUUUUUUAAGAGAAUACCUUUUUGUGUACAAGCAACUUUUGAGUCAAGAAGUGUCCAAUUAUGGCAGUGUUCAUUCCAGUUCUUUACCUGAGCUGCCAAUCCCCGUGCUUGACAACAAUGCAACAAAAGUCCUUGUAGGCCACAAACCCCAGCACAACCAAGAUAAAUCUGGACACAUAGGCUAUGACUACAGUGAAAGUAACCACCCACGGUGGGCGGCGCUGGAGGAGGCUCUGGUCUCGUCCGCUAACAACGGCAUCAUUCCCGUCACCCACAGACCAACAAUCCAGUGCUUUACAAACAAAACAGACAACAGGUUUAACCCUGUGGCAUACGUGGGAGAACCGGUCACGGUUGAGCUGUUUCUGGUAAACCCCCUUAAGGUGGUUCUGGUGCUGAAUGAGGUCACACUUCUGUGGAGUUUCCUCCCCUCCAUCCCUGGGCAGGAAAAGCCCCAACUCAUCACCAAUGAAGUCUUUUCUUCUGUGAAGAAUACUCUUGCCAAUGAAAUAAUCCACACACAAGUGAUUGAUGAAAUAGUGCUACCAGGAAGUGAACGAUCUCCAAUACAAUUCACCUUGACCCCACACCAGACUGGGGAGCUGAGGAUUGUCGGUAUUUGUUACAAUCUCUCCAGUUCCCUGACUGAUGACCGGAACAUUAAACCGUCCCCAGCUAACACGGUGUUUGUCCGGGGGAAGCAGAGACUGGACGUACAGGGACCCAGGCUUAACAACACCAAGGAGGAGAAAUCCAGCAAAGCGUACGGGCCGGACCGCAGGCUGGACCUGGUGGUACAGCCAGAGAUGCCUCAGCUACAGGUUUCAUUUUGCAAUUUUCCUAAAAGUUUGCUGUGUGGUGAAGUACAUGCAGUGAUGUUACAGUUUACAAACAUUGGGACUAGUCCUCUACAUAAACUGAAACUAGCCACUUCUACCCCGGAGUUUAUAACCCUAGGGGGUCAUGGAGAACUUCCCAAGUUUCCCUGUGUGUAUCAGAGUGUUAGUGAGGUAUCGGGUGAAGAGACAAAGUGUUGUUGCAAUACAAAGGACAAGGUUUCUAGUGUGAUGGACAUUCCGUUACCUAACCGGACACUCCAGCCAAAGAAUACGGUGUCGGUGCCUGCUUGGGUCAGAGGGAAUGACAUAGGGGGCGUACAUGACGUACAUUUUAUGUUUUAUUAUGAACCUGUGACGACCAACACCCCGAAAGUCAGACAUAGACUACAGAGACACACAGCAGUCAUCAACACGCUAGAGUCCCUCAGUGUGAGGUCAGUGGCCCGGCGAGCAAACAGUGCUCACCAGAACUCAGCCGCCCAGGGAAGCUGUGUCAUCUCUUGUGAAAUGGAAAACAUUAGUCAGGUGCAGACCAACAGGGCCUAUGUCAAGGAGAUUCAGGUGAACCAGGUGUCCUGUGCCAGUGACCUGUGGUCAAUCAAGUACCUCAACUCUCAGGACAAGUCAGAUAUUACAGUGGGCUGCAGGGAGACAAUGCAUCUAUGCUUGAAAGCCACAAAGAGUGCUAGUAACUUGGAUUCUGUGCUGGGUAAACAGUCUGUGAUAUUUAGUGAUGUCUCCUUUAGUGAUCAGCAAAUAAGUAGCGCUAUGACACCUUGUGCCGAUUUCUUUCUGAGAUCAAAGUCACACAAUAAUGUUGAAGAUUCUACGCAAAAUAAAGUUGGAAACAGAGGGGAGAAAAACUUCAGCGACUUAAACUGUGCCAUCCAGCUAGGAAUGACACUUAUCAUCCUUUGGAAGGCUUGUGUAAUAGCAGAAGACGGGGAGGUCCAAAUUAAAGUCGGUCAGCACCAUGUCAUCAUCAAAAAGAUAGACACCAUAUUCACUUCGUAUCCAUUCUUUAUUAUUCCCACUGAGAAACCCCCUGUACGCUUUACAAAAACCUGGGAAGAACAGGAGAAUCCAAGGCCAGAGGCCGAGGUCACUACACAAAUGGUGGACAUUAACUUCAGCCACCAGGCCCAAGUACCGCAUAACUUCCAAAACAACAAAUUAGCCAUUGUUCCAGUUACAUUGUUACUGAGGAACUGCACAAAAACCUCCCUAGAUAUUUUAGUUGAUACUAGCAAGUCACCAGACAGGCUAAACAACAGAACAGAGGAGAAAUUUGUGAAUCCUGAAGCUCAUCAUUUGACAAGUUUUAGCUGGGUCUCCCAGACAUUAACCAAAGUAAACUUAGAUGCAAAUCAGCAACGAGCUGUCCACAUGACGGCAUGUUUCAGCAAGCCAGGUAUUUACAAUGUCAAUCGGCUGUCUGUGUUUGUGACUUACAACAAGGACGCCUCAGAAAUGGUUCUACAGAAACAUCCAUCACCAAGUGUUGUUGUUGUGGAGGAUGUUUCAACAGAGUGAAGUCGAGCAGUGUUCACCCAGUGUUCUAAACAACUGACGAAGUGACAAGGAUAAAAUAAUUGGUUUCCUUGCCUUUGUGGUAAACAAGAGUAUGACUCUUUAGUCAUGUAUUGGAUUUCUUGGAGAAUAGGAACCAAUUUAAUGAGGAGAACCAGACUGAUCAUGUGACCAGCAUAGGUUUGCUGUGUAAUCUAGUCUCUACCAUGGCUUUCACUGACAGAUCGAGUUCACUGGAUUGUAAUGUAGUGUUUCAUGAUAUUCUUUUCCAUAUUGCUAUGUGUAUAUAAAUAUGUGGCCAAAAGAAAUGCGCUUGCUCAUUAAGACUUUGUAAUGGCUGUUUUAUAUUAGGUGUCAUUCUCGUAUUAAAACUUAUGCAAUA